CCCCACAUUAGUGAGAAUGAGCAGAACCAGGGGAGGUCAGACACGCACUGAGAUUCAGAGAGAAAAGCUGCAGGGCUGCUUCUGCUCGCUCAAACAAUCAGUCUCUUUCACGCAGCAGCCCUCUUCCCUUUGUCGGCGCCCUGCUUUGUGCGGCGGAGUUAAACUUCAGGGAUUAAACUGAAGCACAUGAUGAAUCAGCCCCGUGAUUUGUCAGGGAGAGCUGCCUCAUGGACUCGCUCAUUUCCCUUUUCUUUUCCUUUCCCCUUCUUCUUCCUCCUCCGAACACCACCACCACCUCCUCCUCCUCCUCCUCCUCCUCUGCGUCACCCCGCAGUCCGCGAUGGCCUCCCCGCGGCUGGAGACGUUCUGCUGCCCGAACCGGGACGCCGCCACGGAGCUGGCCGUCUCCUUCCAGCCCGUCCUGUUCGGCGCUCUGAGUCUGGCCAGCGCCGCCGUGAGCCUCGUGUUCGCUGUGCUGCAGGUCCUGCCGAAGCGCAAAGGAUACAGGAGACUGGGACAGUACCCUGUGCCGCGGCCCGCCUCCUCCUCCAGAAUCCUGUUCAUCAUCAGUGUUUGUGACAUGCUGGGAUGCGCAGGGAUCAUCGUCAGAUCGUCUGUGUGGCUGGGCCUGCCGAGCAUCGUCGAAGGCAUCUCGGUGGCCAACAACACGGACGUGCUGCCAGAGGCCUUCUGUGUUGGCAGCGCAAUGUGGAUCCAGUUGUUUUUCAGCGCUUCGUUUUGGUGGACGUUUUGCUACGCCGUGGACGUCUUCCUGGUGGUGAAAACCUCUGCCGGGAUCAGCACCAUUGUCCUCUACCACAUGAUUACGUGGGGUCUGGCUGUGCUGCUGUGUGUUGAAGGAGUGGCCAUGCUCUACUACCCAUCCAUCUCUGACUGCGAACAAGGCCUCCAGCACGCUAUCCCUCACUACAUCACCACGUACGCCCCGAUGCUGCUCGUCCUCAUAGCCAACCCCGUGUUCUUUAGCCGGACCGUCUCCGCAGUGACGUCUUUACUGAAAGGACGACAAGGGAUCUAUACGGAAAACGAGAGAAGGCUGGCUAACGAGAUAAAAAUACGCUUCUUUAAAAUAAUGCUUGUGUUCAUUGUUUGCUGGGCUCCAAAUAUCAUCAAUGAGUGCCUCCUCUUCUACUUGGAGAUGCAGCCGGACAUCAGCGACAGCAGCCUUAGAGAUGUCAGGAACGCGGCUCUCACCACGUGGUUCAUCAUGGGCAUUCUGAACCCAAUGCAGGCUUUCCUCAACACCCUGGCCUUUCACGGCUGGACGGGCCUGGACGUGGACCUGAGCCCGCAGCGGAGCAGGGAGCUGGCCUGGGACUCGGGCUCUACCUCGGUGCCCAACACCACCGGGCAAAACCCGGGGGUGGCGACGACUCUGCUCUACCAGGGCCACGUCCAGGAAGCGCAGAAGAACAAGAUGGGGAAUGGACAGCAGCACUCUGACGCCAUCAGUGUCCUCUCUGAAGGUUCAGAGUCUAGUACAGUUGAAAUCCACAUUUCCAGCGAACUACCAGGGGACGUAGACGCUGACGGAGAGUCCUUGGAGAACUCUGAGAGACACUAGCUGGCCUCAUCGACACUCCUCCCUCUCCUUUUUGACAUCAUGCAGGGCUUUUAAAAGUUAGAUUUUUACCGUCUUGGUCGUGUAUUACGAUGGCAACCGCUCUCAAGAUAGCUGCUCUCACACAAUGAGUCCUGUUCUCGUUUGUAAGACCUUUAUUUUCCUCUAGACGUCUUAAAUCUUCUGUGGUAUAGCUCAGUUUUGAACUAAUCAGCAGUAUUUUCCCUUGUAGCUGUAAAGCUUGCAAAAGGAACUGACUUUUUUGUUUUCUAGUGAUAGGACUGACAUUUUACUGCUUGAAUUUCUUUCAGUUUUGUGCGCUGAGAUUGUACACAACCAGACACUACAAAUUUCAAGCUUACCAAUGUUUUUUUUUUUUUGUUUUUUUUAAACCAAGGUUAUUGUAUCUGAAACUAUCGGUCUGUAUUUUUGCACAAAUCUAAUGUCUUAUUAAAUCACUUGGAGAUUUGCCAGUGCC